AUGCACGAAUGUGGGCCGCCGACCACUCCGCCGGUCCAGCCGGACCCGAAAACGCGUCGCAUCGAAUCGAUUCGUAUGGCCAUAGUUCAGCUGAAGAAUUUGCGUAUAACACCGCCACCGCCGACCUGUGCCCCAUGCCAACAUUCCAAACCGAACCUGCCCACUCCCUUGAAAGGUCGGAAGGUGUCCGAGAACUUAUGCCUAAACUACCCAUCAGUAUCGUCGGUGUUGAGGGUGCAUCUGAAGUUUGAUGGGAAGGAGUUCUUUCAGUCUGUGGCUGUACCUACUGCUGAGAGGUUGGUUUGCAAGGUUUAUAAGGUUUAUAUUGAUGUUGGUUUAGAUUUGACUGACAGUCAGGGCUGAUAUAUUAUAUUAUUAGGUGCCGACAUAAAGAACCCGUCAUUUUUUACAGGAAAUUACAGACAACAUAUGGUGGGUAGGGUAAGGUAGGGUUGGGUAGGGUAGGGUAGGGUAGGGUUGGGUAGGGUAGGGUAGGGUAGGGUAGGGUAGGGUAGGGUAGGGUAGAGAUUAAUUUUGCGCAUUUCAGUUGUAGCCUAUCAGGGGAAUGUCAUCAAACUCUGCCACAAAACUUUAAAACCCUUCAAAUUGUCAUUGUCGAAACCAUUGAUGGCCGGAUUCAGCGUCAGCUCGGGCGCAGGUCGAUAAAACGCCGUGAUCUUACGUCUCAGCCAUUCCAAGACAUAUGGUUGCCUAUUGGCGCACCUCUGCAAGUACCAGUACCAGGCAAGCCGAAUAUUAGUCAACAGCCAAUUUGUGAAGAGCUAGGCCAGCUUUUGUUGGAUAUUGAGUUUGACCAUCGGACCAAGGAGUUGGAGUUGAAGUGAGUUUAAAUUUAAAAAAAAAAUUUUUUAUUAAAAAGCUCAUCUAAAACUUCAAGCUUAGCCUUAUUCUUGUUAGGUUUAGUAUGCUUGGAAUUAGUAAGCUUAGGAUUAGUUAGUAAAUCAGGCUUACCAGGCUUAUUCUUAGUAGGAUUAGCCUUAGUAGACUUAGGCUUAGUAGGCGAAGGUUUAGUAGGCUUGGGCUUAAUAAGCUUAAACUUAAUAGGCUUAGGCUUAGUAGGUGUAGGCUUACUAAUAAUUAGGCUUAGGCUUUGUACUCUUAGGUUUAGUUUAUUUUACUAUCCCAUUUUUUUUUAUUUUUACUACUUCCAAAGUAUUUUUUUUACUUUAAUCACCCCAAAAUAUUUUUUUUUUGUUUUACCACCCCCUCCCCCCAAAAUAUUUUUUUUACUUUUACCACCGCCGUAAUCUAUUUUUUGUUUUACCACCCCCCUAAAACAUUUGUUUUUGUUUUACCAUGCCCCAAAAUGGUUUUUUUUUGCUUUUUUCUCUCUCCUUCCCUCCUCCCCCCCCCCUUCUUCCAAAAAAAAUAUUUGCUAUGGUGCGAAGUGGUAGGGUAAGGCAGAUUUAACGGUACAGUAGGGUAGUUUGAGGUAGGGUAGGGCGUUUUAACUGAAUAUCUUUUUAUUAGGCUUUAUUUGACCACUACUACAUCUUAUAUGACUAUUACUACGCUUUACAAGACCAUUACUACGCCUUAUAUGACAUCUUUACUCCAUUAUUCGUAUUAAGAGUCAUAUUUCGGUCUUUCGCUAAUCCAUGAAAAUUGAAGAAGAAGGUCAAGUUGGUUAAUUUAUGGCUUGUUUUCCAUUAAAAAAUGGAGACAAAAUUACUUUUUAUCACUUUGUUUAGUAGUUAAUUGUCAGACGAAAUAUAUACGACGGCUACGGUAUGACACGAGGGUGGGGAAUUAGUUUAAAAACGGUUUUAAAAUUUGAAAAAUUUAAGGCUUAGAAGUAAGGCUUAACAUUUAAGAUAGAUUUUUAGGCUUAAAAUUAAUUUAAUUGGCCGGAGAUCGUUUUUUAGGCUUAAAAGUUGGUAUUUAAGCAUAAACUUGGUUUUUAGGCUUAAAAACAGGGUUUUUGGUUUAAAAUUAGUUUUCAGGCUUCAAAAUUUUUAGGCUUAAAAGACUUGUUAUUCUUAGGCUUACUUUUGACUAAAGAUUCAUUUUAGACUUGGAAUUUGUUUUACAGGGUGUCUCAAGAAAUUUGCAGGGUUUUAAAAAUUUUUUAUUCAGCAAUAAAAAUCGCUAUAGGUACCAAAUUUGGUACAGCGAUAGUAGAGCAAAUAUAUAUUUUGUAUAUAAAAAUUUGGAUUUUAAAAGUGCAUUUUAAAUUUUUUAUGAUUUUUUUUCUUGUGACACCCUGUAGUAUCUAAAAUAAGUAAAAGAUUUUUUUUAAAUUUAGGAGAUUAUUCAGUAUUUUUAGCGUCUUCUCUCUAAUUCAUAUUUUAAUAAAACAGACAAAACUUUAUUUUUCAAAAUUCAAUUCUGUUUGUUAUCAAAUUUAAAAAUCUCUUAUUAAAGAAAUAAUGACAAAUUGGAACAUAAUUCAAAUUUUUUUUGUUUUAUCAAACUUUUAUUAUUAGAUUUGUUCUUUCCUCAAUUUUUAAAAUUUAAAAAAUUUAGACUUAGACUUAUUCUUAGGCUUAAACCUAUUCUUUUUUUUAGGCUUAUUUAGUGUUUUGCCUGGACCGGUCCUUAGAUUUUUUUUAGUCUGGGUCCGCAGGUUUUGGAGUUUGGUCCGCAAAAGUUUUCUUUAGGUCCGUCCGGUCCGGCAAAACACUGAACUUAUACAUAGACGUACCCUCAUGCUUAAGUUUAGGCUUAGACUUAUACUUAGGCUUAAACUUAGGCUUUCUCAUUAAAUUUAGGUUUUUGUUUAGGCUUAGAAUCGGGCAUAUGCAUAAACUUAGAUUUAAAAUCAUGUUUAGGAUUUGGUUUAAGCUUUAGGCCAAAAGUAUUUUCCUUAGGUUAAGAUUUAUUCAUAGACUUAUAUUUAGGCUUAAUUUUUCAAAAGUUGAAGGUUUUUUUUGAAUUUUUGAAAUUUCAAACUUUUUUUUUUGAUUUUGCUUGUGGUACAAAAGUUUUGUCGUUUUUUAAUAGAACAUAAAAGUAACCUAACGACAAGACUUUUCUAAAGUUCUUCAAUUAUCGAUUUUUACAGUUUUUUUUUAAAUUUGAAAUUUUUUUUAAUUUUCAAACUUUUACGACUAUUUUAAAACCCUUUAAGACCUUAACUUAGAUUUAUUUAUAAAAAAACUCGUGGUUUUUUAUGACGUUUUCUUUAGUUUUACUUUGUUUUCGAAGCGUUUCGUCAAGGUGUUUAGUGUAAUAUUAUUUGGGUGUUCCAAAAGUUUUGUCAUUUUUUGUGAUAAAAGUAUGUUUUUUAAUUGGGAAAAAGUUUUGGAUUGGUUUUGUUACGUGGUGUUUUUAAAAAAAUUAUUGAUUUGGUGAACUAAGGUUUUGGGCUGCGGCAGUUUUUGAUAUUGUUUUAGAUCGGUCUUGGUGAUUUGCGUGGGUUAAAGGGGUCAUAUAUUGAUGAAGGAAUGAAUUUUAGGCUUAAUUUUUCAAAGGUAAAAUAUUAGCUUAAAUUUAGUUAGCUCAGACUUAGGUUUAGGCUUAGGCUUGGGCAUAGUAGGCUUAAGUUUAAUAAGCUUAGACUUAAGUUGUUUGAUCUUCUUAUACUUAGAAUUAACUUUAGGCUUAGGUUUAAGUUUAGGCUUACGCUUAAGUUUUCGUGUAAUUUUACGCUUAAGUUGGGCUUUAGGCUUAAAUUUAGGCUCAUGCUUCGCCUUAAUUUGAUGCCCAGGAGAAGACAGUUUAGCCGUAGGCUUGAGCGUAAUUAGCUUAGGCUUAGCACGCUCUAAUUUUGCAGGUUUAAGCUUGAGUUUAGGUUUAGUAGGUUUAGGCUUACGUAAGCUAGGCUUAGCAUCCUUAUUUGUCUUCUUCUCUUACUCACCCCUCCCCCAUUUAUUUUAUAGAAAGUUAUAAAUUUUCCCCCCCCCCCCCUUCCUCUUUACCUUCAUAUUAUGUCUUUUCCUUCCCCCCCCUCCCCAGCCCCUCUUUUUAUAAAAAGAUAAAUUUUAACCUCCCCCCCUCACAAUUUCACUUAAUGCCGCUCCCCUCCCCCCACCAAUUUUGUAGUACUUACAAAUUUCACCACCCCCUUCCCCUUCCUUUUCUAUCUUCACUUAUUUUUUCUCCUCCCCCCCCCCUCCUCUCAUUUUAUAGAAAGUUAUAAAUUUCACCCCCUCCACCUUCACUUAAUGCCCCCUCCCUCUGCCCUCGUGGCCCCAAGUUUUCUUUUUGUUUCGGCGAAAAAAGUAAUGUUAUUUUAUCUUUUUUUUUCGAAAGCUUAUCACUUUUCCGGCCCUUAUCACUGUCAUUAGUUUGUGUCAGUCAAAAGAAUGUUUUGGUCUCAAGUGUUUCGGCAUUGCCAAUCCGAAAGACUCAAAUUCGAAAAAAAUUUUCGAACUUUUGUUUCGUUUUUCAAAUUAUGGGGGUUUGGCUUAUUAGUUCUGGAGCGGGGGGGGGGUUAUUGUUAGGCUUAAUAUGAUACAUUGAUAAAGCUUUUCUUACUACAUUACUCUACCCCACCCUACCCUAUUCUACCCUACCCUAUUUAGACAUGAGAAACGUGCCGGGCCUAUUUUACAGGCCCGGCACGUUUAAAAUUUUCCUCAGGGCCGGCUCGGCCAAACCCGACUUUUUUUACUUACAAACGGCCGGCUUUUUGAGGCGAGCUGGUUCUUUAGUUUGAGGCGUGGGACAACUUAAAUUUGUGUUAAGGCCGAGCCGGGCCGGAAAUUUAUUCAUGUUUGACCCUACCCUAUUUUACCCUACCCUAUCAUGCCCUACCUUACUCUCUGCUUUUCCUUCUCAAGUAAUGCUUGUAUAAUAUUUACCCUAGGGAUAAACAUUUUUCUUCCGAAAACUAUUUAUGAGUGUUGAUCUUCUUUAUCUGAUAGCUCAAUAAACAUGAAUGACAUCUUGUUUUUGUGUAAACAAAACUUUUUGGUUUAAUCCUCGUUGGCUUGGCUAGGAAAUGUGAUAUUUAUAAGUUAUAUCUUAAGCUUAAGUUUUCAAGUUAAAGCUUAUGUUAGGGCUAGGGUCACGUCUAGGGUACAGACUAGAGCUAGAGUUAGAGCUAGGGUCGGUGCAGGGCUAGGGCUCUGGGCUAGGGGUAGGGCUAGGGCUAGGGCUCUGGGCUAGGGCUCUGGGCUAGGGCUCUGGGCUAGGGCUCUGGGCUAGGGCUCUGGGCUAGGGCUCUGGGCUAGGGCUCUGGGCUAGGGCUCUGGGCUAGGGCUCUGGGCUAGGGCUCUGGGCUAGGGCUCUGGGCUAGGGCUCUGGGCUAGGGCUGGUGAUAGGGCUCAUACUAGGAUCAGGGAAGGCUUGAUGGCAAAACUAAGAGCAGGACCAGAACCCGGGCUAGGGCAGUGAGCGAACCCAUUUCGGACCAAGACCCGGAUUAAUACCAGCAGUAGGGCUAGGAAAAGGGCUACGGUCGCUGGCAAAGCCAUGCCAAAAUUAGGACCAGCACGAGGGCUACCGGCCGGGAGGAAAGUCAGGACUAGGGGCUCGCUAGGACUAGAGCUAGCUACUUUUAUUAAUAUUUUUUUUAUUUUUGAGACCGAUGUCUUGCCCUCCGAUAACUUUUGGAAAUCAAAAGUAAGGUGAAAAGCGAUGGCCAUAUGGCCAUUUUAUUCAAAUUCCCUCUCAAAAGUUUUAUGGCCCGGCUGUCGCUCUAAUCCGAAUCUAUUUCUAAUUUUAUUAAUGAACUUGUUUACAAUUGUUUCGCUGAAUAUUAUUGGGGAUUAGCGCUUUCCUGGCUUUCGGAUGUGUUUUCUUAUGUAAAUCUUACAAAUCUUAUUGGGGCAUAUACAUACAUAUAUAUAUAUAUAUAUAUGUAUAUAUAUAUAUAUAUCUGUUUAUUGUCUUUUUGAUCUGUUUAUUGUCUUUUUGGCCGCGGUUUUGAAAAACAUUGGCCUGUUUUAUAAUGUUUGUGGUUGUAAUCAGUGCCGGGCGGGGUUUGAGGGCGGGGGUCGAAAAAAUCGGCACAGGUAGGUAGCCACCUGUGCCGAUUUUUUCGCAAAAAAUGUUUUUUUAAAAGUCCACAGGGGGGACCACGUUCAAAUUUUCUCAAAAAAUUUUUUUUUGGGGGGGUUCCCCCCUCUUCCCCCUCCCUUCCCCCCCUCCCCCCCAGCGUCCGGCUGUAGUUGUAAUUUUAUUUUUUUAUUUGAGGACAAGAUGCAGCAGAGUUUGAUAAGAUACAUACGUCAUAGUAUAGGUAAAUGUAAUAAGAUACACGAAAACAAGAGUAGCAGUUACAAGAAUCAUAUGAAGUAAAGUAAAAUACGGUAAAACUGAAAAAUUUAUUUUAAUUUUUGGGUAAGGUAUGGCAGGGAUUUUAAGUAUAGGAAGGGUAUUGCAAGAAUUUUCAUCUUUAAUUAAAGUAAGAUAGUGUAGAUAGACUAAUAUAGAGCGUGUAGGGUAUGUCGCAGUAGGGUAGGGUAGGGUAGAGCUGCUUUUUUCUGAAAUUUAAAACUUUUUAUGUUUUUAUUGUACAUUUUUUUUAUUUUUAUUUUUUUUUCUUUUCAGACUGCUAGACUGUACUCACUGGAAUCGUUGGUCACCCCCUUGUUGUUCUUCUACCCUCCCCUCUACAUCAACCUGCUCUUAUCAAAAGAGUCAACGUUCCAUAUAUUCGCAAAGCUCCUCUCCAUACUCAUCUCGUACUGACCUCAGUGUACCCAGAUUCGAAGCCACGUUACCGUUACAGCAUCCUCAACUUCUACAUCAUCGUUCUCUGCCUGGAGACUCGCUUUCAGCCGCCAAUUCACCAUUGUUACAGCCAAAAAAGAGGAAUCUGGUUAUUUCACCAAAAUUGGGACCAAAAUUCGAAAAGAAUCUGAGCUUGCAAAUUGGCCAAGAUAGGAAACGGCAUCCCUCGAUUGGAUCUCAACCUCUGCCACGACCUCAACCUGAUCUGCCUCCACCCUUCGGCACUCCGGGUCGGUUUUUUUUCUUAAUUUAAAAAUAUUAGGUUUUAAAAAAUUAUUUUUUUUUGUAUUUUUGUUUUUAAAUUUCUAUUUUUAUUUAUAUUUUUGCUUCUUUUUGUAAUUUACCUUGAUCCGCAGACUGCGGGUGACAUGUUAUACGACGGACGCUUUUGAUCGUGUAACGUGUCAAAAUAAUAAAAAAAAACUAAAAUUGAGUUUAGAUUAAACGUAAAAGUAUAAUUAUUGUGAUUAUUUUGUUUUAUCGUAUUUUACCUUGACUCGCAGCCUGCGGUUGACAUGUUAUACGAUGGGCAGUUUUCAUCGUAUAACUUGUCAAAAUUAACGAAAUUUUGUAUUAGGUUUAUAUUGGACGUAGAAAAUUCUAAAUUUUGUUUUCCAUUUUGGUUUGUCGUAUUUUACCUCAUUUCGCAGCUUGCGGGUGACAUGUUAUACGGUGAAAACUUUUCAUCGUACAACUUGUCAAACUUUGAAAACAUUUAAGUUAGGCUUAGACUAGGCUUAGAAAAUUAUAAUGAUCCUGCAAAUCUUGUUUCUUCGUAUUUUACCUAGUUUUGCAGCUUGCGAAUGACAUGUUAUACGAUGAGCACGUUUUAUCAUAUAACUUGUCAAACUUUGAAAACAUUGAAGUUAGGCUUAGAUUAGGCUUCGAAAAUUAUAUUUUGCCAAUCUUGGUUCAUCGUAUUUUACCUUGAUCCUUGGUUCUUAUAAUUUUUAUUGUACUAUGUUGGAAUUUACGUAUUUUACCUUGAUCCGCAUCAUGCGGGUGACAUGUUACACGACGGACACGUCUCAUCGUAUAACUUAACGGUAAAAAAAAUUUUUGAAAAUGUAUUUGUCUUGACCAUAAAAGGCAUAUUUGUUAGCAGGGCCGGGCGCGAGGGGGGAGGAACGGAGGGGGGGGUACCCCCAGAAAAAAAUUUUUGAAAAAAGUUGAACGUGGUCCCCCCUGUGGAUUUUUGGACCCCUGCCCCCAGACCAAAAGUCCCCGCCCGGCCCUGUUUGUUAGCCAAAUUUGCAAUUAGCGUAUUUUACCUUGAUGCGCAGCCUGCGGGUGACAUGUUAUACGCUGGAAACGUUUCAUUGUAUAACUUAGUAUUAAAGACCAAUAUCUAUAAUAUUGUAAAACGAGUAGCUUAAUAAUGUUGUUAUGUGUUAUAAAACUAACAUUCUUUAAUACUUUUUUACUUCAGGUGCACCCCUCUACCUCAUCGCCACCGUAAUCACGGCACAGGGUCAGACGCCUAUGAGAAAACUGCAAAUUGUGGAACGACGCGGUCUAGAACCCGUGAAACUCGACUGUCACAGUGUUCUACCCUCUACCUCGACAACAUACGAAUGUCAGCCGGCUGUGGAAAAGUCCCCUACCUUGUGUAUCAAAGUUUGUAGUGAGCCAGUCGUAGACGAAACGUCAUGUUACGGUACCGUUCAGGUGGAAUUGGAUUCUCAAACCAUGUUUCCGAAGGAGAACAGCCUCAUUGGACCUAACUGGUUGGUUUUUAUUUUUAUUUUGGGGGUUGUUUUAACUUUUUGAGAUUUAAAAUUUUUUUAAAACUUGAAAAAAUUUUAGAAGUUAGUGUUAGCAUAUGACUAUAAUACCAUCUUUUAUUUUAUAAACUUUCUUUCACCACAAUAAUUCCCUUCUGCAGCCCGCGGUGA